AAACGAGCAGCGCUGUCGUGUUAUCUUUCUGCUGCGUUUACUGAACCUUUAACAGCUUGAAUGUCGAUCGCUGGUUUGCUUACCAUCAGGAAACGUGCAUUUUGCUGUAUUUUACUGAAACCUGCGACGUGAUCAGAAAAGACUGCUUAAAUUCAAGCCUGACACAUCCCAGUUGUAUGUGGAGUUUGAUGAUGGGUUUCUGGCACCCAGUGUCCAACCUUAGAGAUUAUAUAUCCCACAAUCCUCCAGUGGUGACAUUUUUCUUGUGUCUUUUGACUCUGGCUAUCUCAUUCAUCUGCCUCAGCUCUGACAUCUACAGUCACUCUCUGCCUAACCCUGACACAUCAAAGGACUGGAACUAUCUCCUGUCCUCCUUAUCACAGUUCCAGCUGUGCAUCAAAGCUAAUUCUAGUUCACCUGAGCCCGUAACACCAGUUCCCUCACCUCCGAUUAACAGAGACACUUUAGUUAACACAACAAAGACUCCUUCCAUCAUCAGUUUGCGUCUCAAAGUUCCUCUGACUGUGACUACCACCUCGAAGAGUGGCUCUCUUAAAGACCUUGGUCUACACACUAUGUUGACAGCCAAGCAACUACAUAUUGGAGAUAAUGACAUUGUUAACGUGACUCUCGAGCUUUUGUCUGGAAAUGACACCUACACCUGCCUCAUCAUAAGUGCGCCAGCAGACCUCCUGCCUAUGAGCCUACUUCCGCCAGUGUGCCCUGCAUCUGAGAAAAACAUUUCAAGCAUCCACGUGGAAGCGAGCAGCCAACCGCUGACAGCAUCACAAACCUGCUACAGUCUGCGCUACAAAAAUGACCCUGCACUCACAGUCAUGUUAACAAAGGAGGAGCAAACUGUGGCAGUGCGACAUCUGUUGGAAGCCAGUGUGUGUCUGCUAGGAAUUUGUUUGGUGCUCUGUUUAGCUGCUUGUCUGACACAUUCAUUCACACGCUGCUACCACUGGGACGGACUGGACCUACAAAAUGUGACUGAGCCCUUGAUUAACACCUGAACAUUCUUCAUCGUCUGCAUCCUAAAUGAAUCAGUUGGUGGUUAAGAGAGAUUAAGAGAGCAAAAUGUAGCACUUCCUUUAAAGGAAGUUUUACAAAAGAAAUCAGUUUAUUCAUCAUGAG